AUGGAUUCGUGGCUCGUGACUUUAAGUCUAUUUGUUGGAGCUCUUGGAGUCUUUUAUAUAUUUCUAAUAUGGAAUUUAGGCAGUUGGAAGAAACGUGGUGUUCCGGAGGCUAAAUCAUAUCCAGGAAUUGGAACAUUCCCAUCGUUGUUUACCCAAAAACGCAACGUUGUCUACGAUUAUGAUGAAGUUUACAGACAAUACCGCAGCACAAAUAAAUUCGUUGGUGUCUACAAUGGCAGAGAACCACAGCUGUUUAUAUUGGAUCCUGAUCUUGUGCAUCGAAUUCAUGUCAAUGAUUUUAAACAUUUUCAUGACAACGCCCUUAGCGAUACGAUUGAUGAAAAAUCCGAUGCAAUUGUUGGCAACAAUCCGUUCUUCUUAAGAGGGGAGGAAUGGAAGGAAAGACGUAAUGAAUUGGUGCCGGGAAUGUCACCAAAUCGGAUAAAAAAUGUCUAUCCCGUAACACUGGAGAUAUGUAAACGUUUAACAGAUUUCAUAAGGCAACAGGCUGGAGAACAGAACAACAAUGGUAUUGGAGCCUAUGAGCUAUUUCUGCGUUACACCACAGAAGUGGUGAGUGAUUGUGUCUUGGGAAUUCAUGUUGGAACAUUGAACAAUGAACCGUCCAGUUUUCUUGACAGAAUCAAAAAUCUAUUCCAUUUAACACCAUCGCAGAUUAUGUAUCAAAUCGCUAUUGCGUUUAUUCCCAGCCUCAAGAAGAUACUAAAAACGAAAUUCUUUACCACAACUAAUGCUCAAUAUUUCUUGAAUUUAAUGUCCGAUUCAAUUGCACUGCGACAAAAAGAAGGCCAUAGCCAGCGUGCAGAUUUUUUGAAUUUUUUGCUACAAUUAAAGGAGAAGAAAAAUUAUAAUAAUUUAAUUUUAACGGCACAUGCAAUGACAUUCUUGACGGAUGGAUUUUUGACAACAUCGCAAAGUAUCGCUCAUUGUUUGUUGGGGUUGGCUAGAAAUCCCAGGGCCCAAGAGAAAUUACGUGAGGAAAUUCUGAGCAACAUUAAUGAGGAGGGUUUUGUAAGUUUUGAAAGUCUUUCGGAGAUGCCAUACUUGGAUGCUUGCUUUAAUGAGGCCAUUCGUCUAUUCUCCCCAUUAUCCGCAAAUACAAAACUGUGCACCCAACCAUAUACAUUUGUAAAUUCCGAUGGAACAUCUUUCCAAAUGAAAAAGGGUGAAAUCGUUUUUAUAUCAUAUCGUAGCAUACAUCAUGACGAGCGAUAUUAUAAGAAUCCCGAAGAAUAUAUACCGGAGAGAUUUUUACCCGAAAAUGGUGGUGUCAAGAAAUUUAGAGAGGAGGGCAAAUAUUUAGGUUUUGGUGAUGGGCCACGAAUUUGCAUGGGAAUGCGUUUUGGUGCUACCCAAGCUAAGGCAGCUAUUGUGGAAAUUAUAAGAAAUUUCCAUGUGAAAGUAAAUUCAAAAACUAGCAACGACAAUUUAUUAGAUAAACAUGAAAUUGUUGCCGUUUUGGAUGGUGGCAUUUGGUUGGAUUUUACACCAAUUAACUAA